CACGGGACCGCGUCAGGCGUGAUGCAAUGGAGGGCGGCAGGGGGAAGCCGGGGACGGCGCGUGAGGUCAUGGCCGUCCUCCUUCGCUCCGUCUAAUCCUGGCCGGCUUCUGCACAAACCAUGCGAACGCCUCGACCCCGUAUAAAAUGGGCCGCUCCGUGGAGCACCUCUGCCACAACGCCCUCCCUCCUCCGCCCACUUCCCCCACCAAAUCUCAUAGCUACUCGUCCAAGCCAUGCUCAGCAGACUCGCCACCCGCUCGCUCGCGUCUUCGCGUCCGCUGGCUCGCUCCUUCGCGACGCCGCAGCAGUCAUGGAGUCGGGGCAUGAAGAUCCUCGCUAUCUUCUACAGCGGUGGUGAAGCUGCUAAGCAGGAGCCCCGUCUCCUGGGCACCACCGAGAACCAGCUGGGUAUCCGCGACUGGCUCGAGUCUCAAGGUCACGAAUACAUCGUCUCCGAGAGCAAGGAGGGCCCCAACAGCGACCUCGCUAAGCACAUCGUCGAUGCUGAAGUUGUGAUCACGACGCCCUUCCAUCCCGGCUACCUCACCCGUGACCUCCUGAACACGGCGAAGAACCUCAAGCUCUGUCUCACCGCCGGUGUCGGGUCUGACCACGUCGACCUCAUUGCCGCCUCCGAGAAGAACAUCGACGUCCUCGAGGUGACGGGCUCGAACGUGACCUCGGUCGCGGAGCACGUCGUGAUGAACAUCCUGCUCCUCGUGCGCAACUUCGUCCCCGCCCACGAGAUGAUCGAGCGCGGCGACUGGCAGGUGUCCGACAUCGCGCGGGCCGCGUUCGACCUCGAGGGCAAGACGGUGGGCACGAUCGGCGCAGGCCGCAUCGGCUACCGCGUGCUCGAGCGUCUCACGCCGUUCGACACCAAGGAGCACCUGUACUACGACUUUGCGUCGCUCCCGGCGGAGGCGGAGAAGAAGGUGCGCGCGCGCCGCGUCGCGGACCUCAAGGAUAUGGUGUCGCAAUGUGACGUCGUCACCGUCAAUGCCCCGCUCCACGAGGGCACGCGCGGCCUCGUGAACGCCGACCUGCUCAAGCACUUCAAGAAGGGUGCGUACCUCGUCAACACCGCGCGUGGCGCGAUCUGCGACCGUGAUGCGGUGGCGGCCGCGCUGAAGAGCGGGCAUCUCUCCGGGUACGCGGGCGACGUGUGGAACGUGCAGCCGGCGCCGAAGGACCACCCGUGGCGGACGAUGAAGAACCCGCUCGGCGGCGGCAACGGCAUGACGCCGCACUACUCGGGCACGACGCUCGACGCGCAGGCGCGCUACGCCGCGGGCACGAAGGCGAUCCUCGAGAACUACUUCAAGGGCAAGGCGCAGAAGCCGGAGGACACGAUCGUCAAGGACGGAAAGAUCUUCAGCAAGGCGUACGGCGCGAAGUAGAGGGUGCCUGCGGGUUGCGAAUGUGCAGGCCUCUAGAAGCAAGAGAGCCUGAGCCUGCGGACAAACAUUCAUACAGUGUAUCAUUAUUUUAGCAUGUUUCGCAUAGCACUUGUAUCAACUUUGUGAAACUCAUUUGCCUUCGAACCACCGUCGCGAGAAACGGUCACGACUAUCAUGAUAUUCACGAACAUAUUGCCGACAUACUUGGGAGCAUAUACCGAAG